AUGUCAUCAUUAACUGGUGUUCAGGUUUCGACUGUUAAGGAUCGAUGGAAAUGGAGCGCCAAUUCGGCAGGUUUGUUUUUAGUGAAAACCGUGAAAAGGAUGUUGAAAGAGGAAGUUGUGCAGGAUAACUCUUUUGUAAUAGACUGGUGUAAAUGGGUUCCUGCCAAAGUCAACAUACACACUUGGAGGAUGGAGAUGGAUAGAGUCCCUACGGCUGAAGCAUUAAAGAAAAGAAACGUUGGUAUUGGAGAUUCUAUAUGCCCUAUGUGUAACUCGGAAGAAGAAACAGUCGAACAUGUGUUUAGUGCUUGCUUUAUAGCCUCGAAUGUUUGGAAUGGAAUCAGCUCAUGGGUUAAAAUUCCCAAUAUUUACGCCUUCUCUCUCAAGGUCCUCCAUACUUUCUACAAAGACCUCAAUUUGUCGGAGAAGAAGAAGGACGCGAUGCAAGGUAUUUUAAUGAUCGUUUGCGGGAGCCUGUGGCGUGCUAGGAACAAUGCCAAAUUUUCUAAUUCUCCUAUUAGAAUAGAUAGUAUUCUUAGCGAGAUUAAAGCUUUGGGUUUUUUAUGGUUUUCUAACAGAUCGAAACACAAAGGGUUGGAGUGGAGGGAGUGGACUUCUUUUGUAAAUAUGUAA